AUGUCUCAAGUUAGCGAUAACGAUAGUGAUUUCGUUCAUCAACUUGCCAUAGACUUGUCCCGAGCCUUGAAUCUUUUGAAUCCAAACGAUCUACUGGCAAAAACGGUCAUAAAAAUUGCUAAGGAUCACAAAAAUGUUGACACCUUCAUAAAAGAUGAAUUUCUGGCGGAUCUAUAUACGACGAUCAGAAAGCGAAUAAAGGAAGAGUCUGCAGAUUUGAAUUCACAAAAGGCUGAUUCUUCUACUCUAAAUGAUUCUACCGUCCUUGGAGAGGUACUGACUUCGUCCAAUUCUUCUGUUGGUGGUUUGAUCCGAGUUCCUGGAAAAUUAGCAGCUUCCGAAGAGAAUCGUCAUGUUUUUAAAACUCCAGCUCCAAAGACUUCACUUUUAGGAUUAGACAGAAUUGCUGAGGAAAAGAAGCGUAUAGCCAGAAAAGCUCAAGAGGAAGCACGACAUUCAACGAAACGUAUAAAUAUUGGUCUUUCAUCAGAUUGGGACGAUGAAGAUUCAUCUGAUAUGCUGCUAGAAUACGACGAUGCGCUUAUCCUCUUUCGAUAUUGCAGUUCUAAAUUCCAUGAGGGGGAAUUGUAUAAAAAUGAAGAUGAAGGCGAUAUUCAUAGCAAGAAUGACAGGGAUAAGGGCUCUAUAGCUAAAGACGAACGGCGUGGGAAAGGGUUUAAUCGCCUUCGUCGUGACACUUCGGAUUCAAACCGUCGUUCGCCUUCUAUCGUUCGAGAUGAUUCUGGAAAACGCUCUCCUUCAGUACCAUCCAGACGAGAUGACCGAGAUAGUUCAAGUAGGAGUAGUUCAAGUCGAAGAUCCUCGUCUCUGUCAUCACGAAGAGAUAGUUCAACUUCUCUAAGUUCUUUGCGUGAUUCGGAGAAGGGUUCUCCACGCAUAAGCCGAAGUGAUUGGGAUUCUACGCCCACAAGAAAUUACGAAUAUUUGGCAUUUUCAGAAUAUCAACCAAUGAGAGAUUUUCCGACUCCACGACUUGCUUCAUUCGAUUACGAUGAGAUGGAAUACGCUUAUCAUCAAGACGAUAAUGACAUCGUCGAUGAUCCCGACAAAUUCCAAUGGGAGGAGCAUCAACGUCAGUUAGAUCGGGAAUGGUAUAACAUUGAAGAGACAUCUAAUGCUAUGGAUGAUACUCAUAAUCCCUUUGCGGACUAUUCAGAUUAUGUACAAAAAAAAGAAGAAGAACUUGCUCAGAGACAACUCAAAAAAUUGUCAGCGAGACAAGAACAAUAUAACAAAGAUAAUGAACUUUGGGAAACCAAUCGUAUGCUUACCUCUGGCGUCGUUCAAAGAAGAGAGAUGGAUUUGGAUUUUGAAGAUGAUUCAGAGACCCGAGUGCAUUUACUGGUACACGAUAUCAAGCCCCCAUUUCUUGAUGGGCGUAUGGUCUUCACCAAACAACUUGAAGCCGUGCAAUCUGUAAAGGAUCCCACAUCAGAUUUAUCGGUGUUUUCUAGAAAAGGAAGUCAAUUGGUAAAAGAAAAGCGAGAGCAAAUGGAGCGUCAAAAGGCUGCCAAAAAUGUUGUAGAUAUUGCAGGCACUUCACUAGGCAACCUCAUGGGAAUUAAGGCCACAGAUGACAACUCAGCAGCGCCCAUCACCAAUAAAACAGGUGAAAUUGAAGAUCCAAAAGGAGAAUCUCAAUUUGCGUCACAUUUAAAGGCAUCCGAAGCGGCAAGCUCCUUUUCAAGGUCCAAGACCCUCCGUGAACAACGAGAGUUUUUACCAGCUUUUGCAGUUAGGGAGGAAUUUUUGAGGAUAUACCUUCAUGAAGACGGGUAUAGCAAACACGGCAUAAUUGGAUGUACACAACCUCGUCGUGUAGCCGCUAUGUCCGUUGCUAAGCGUGUUAGCGAAGAAAUGGAGUGCAAACUGGGAACCACUGUUGGAUAUGUCAUUCGAUUUGAGGAUUAUAUGACUGAUGGUGUUAUUGUGCGUGAAUCGCUCAAAGAGCCUGAUCUAGAUAAUUACAGUGUUAUCAUAAUGGACGAGGCACACGAACGUUCAUUGCAGACAGACGUUUUAAUGGGUCUACUUAAACAAGUAAAACAAGUUCUGGCUAUUCAUUUGGGACAUCCUUCUGGUGAUAUUUUGGUCUUUAUGACUGGUCAGGAAGAUAUAGAAAUAACUUGUCAAGUGAUUGCAGAACGUCUGCAGCAAUUAGAUAAUCCACCUGAAUUGGCUAUUCUUCCUAUAUAUUCCCAAUUGCCGGCUGACUUACAAGCAAAAAUCUUCGAGAAGGCUCCUGAUAAUGCGAGAAAAGUAAUUGUUGCGACAAAUAUCGCAGAAACUUCGUUGACUGUUGAUGGUAUAAUGUAUGUUGUCGACACGGGAUUCAAUAAACUCAAAGUUUUCAACCCCAAGAUUGGUAUGGAUUCCUUGCAAAUUACACCAAUUAGUCAGGCCAAUGCAAACCAAAGAUCGGGUCGUGCUGGGCGUACAGGUGCAGGAACUUGUUAUCGUCUAUAUACUGAACAGGCUUUUCAUCAUGAAAUGUUUAUGAACACAAUACCCGAAAUUCAGCGUACAAAUCUUGCAAUGGUUGUACUUUUGCUCAAGUCCUUGGGUGUAAAAAAUUUGCUUGAUUUUGAUUUCAUGGACCCUCCACCACAAGACAACAUCUUAAACUCAAUGUACCAAUUAUGGAUUUUGGGGGCAUUGGAUAACACUGGAGAAAUAACGUCGCUUGGUCGUAGAAUGGUUGAAUUUCCUUUGGAUCCCUCAUUGUCUAAAAUGUUACUAGUAUCAGAAGAGUUGGGUUGUACAGCGGAGAUUCUGACUAUCGUCUCUAUGCUUUCGGUUCCUUCGGUAUUUUAUAGACCAAAAGAGCGUAUGGAACAGAGUGAUGCAGCUAGAGAAAAAUUUUUUGUGCCCGAAAGCGACCAUUUGACCCUUUUACAUGUGUAUACUCAGUGGAUGUCACAUGGGAAAGCGCAAGAAGUGCGCACUCAAUUGAUGGAUAUAAUGAAGGCCGAGAAGAUGGCCGUUGUAUCGUGUGGAACAGAUUGGGAUGUUGAAAAGCGAGCUGCCAAUAGAGCAGAGAUGGCCAAGAUGACAAUGGAGAUGCAACUAAAGACAGCUCGUGAGAAGGAAGAGGCGGAAGCCAAGGAACUUCACCGUCAAUCAACUUCAAUUCCAAAAAGCUCUCGAAUU